GGAGGACUUCUGACUGACGGCGUCGACUUUUGUUGGAAGUGACCCCUUCAUAUUUUAAACCAUGCCAUCUAAAACUGCGAAACGCUCCACCAAGCCUCGGGAGGACUCGGAGGACGAGCGGGAUGUACCCCCUCCAGAACCCAGGUCCAAUGGCCAACAAGAGGAGGCACCACCGACAGCAGCUGAUCCGUCUCUGGGGGAGGCUGCCGAGGCAGUUGAUAACCGAAGUUUGGAGGAGAUUCUCGGCAGCAUCCCUCCACCCCCGCCCCCAGCAAUGACCAAUGAACCGGGCGCUCCCCGCCUCAUGAUCACACAUUUAGUCAAUCGCAACUUCAAGUCGUACGCAGGCGAGCAGAUUCUGGGGCCUUUCCACAAGCGAUUUUCCUGCAUCAUUGGUCCCAAUGGAAGUGGAAAGUCCAAUGUGAUAGACUCAAUGCUCUUUGUGUUUGGCUACAGAGCUCAAAAGAUCAGAUCAAAAAAGCUCUCAGUGCUGAUCCACAGCUCUGAUAAACACAAGGAUGUGCAAAGCUGCUGUGUGGAGGUGCAUUUUCAAAAGAUUAUUGACAAGGAAGGAGAUGACUACGAAGUCAUCCCCAACAGCAAGUUCUACGUUUCCAGGACUGCCAACAAAGACAAUUCCUCAGCCUACUUUAUCAGUGGCAAGAAAGCCACAUUCAAAGAGGUGGGGGCUUUACUCCGAAGCCAUGGUAUUGACCUAGACCACAACAGAUUUCUGAUCUUACAGGGUGAGGUGGAGCAGAUUGCCAUGAUGAAGCCUAAAGGUCAAACGGAGCACGAUGAAGGGAUGCUGGAGUUCUUGGAGGACAUCAUUGGUUCCUGUCGACUCAAGGAGCCGAUCCAAGUUCUGUCUCGCCGCAUUGAGCUUCUCAAUGAGCAGAGAGGAGAGAAGCUAAAUAGAGUGAAGCUAGUGGAAAAGGAAAAAAAUGCUUUGGAAGGAGAAAAAAACAAAGCUGUGAAGUUUCUAAUGCUGGAGAAUGAUAUCUUUAAACACAAGAGUCACCUUUAUCAACAUAAUGCUCAUGAUCUACAGAAAUGUGUGGUGGAAAAAGAGCAGGAAAAGCAGAAGAUUUUGGAGGAAACUAAGGAACUCACUGAAAAAACGGCAAAGAUCUCACAAGAAAUGGAAAAAUUGGACCAAGAGCGCAAAAAUGUCGAGAAAAAACAAAAUAAGAUCAUCAAGUACAUUGAGAGCCAUAAACAAAAGUUCACCCAACUGGACCUGCAGGAUGUGGAAUUGCAUGAGAAGAAAAAACACUGCGAGAGCAAGAACGGGACGUUGCAGAAGCAGCUGAAGAAAGACCAGAAAAAGCUGGAGGAAGUACGCAGCGUACCAGGCAGCAGUGAAGAAGCCAUCUCUGAGGCAACAGCCCGCAAAGAAGAGCUGGAGAAACAGAAGGCAAAAGAAGAAGAAAAACUGAAAGAAGUGAUGGAAAGUCUUAAAGAAGAAACCAGUGGCUUGCAGCAGGACAAAGAGAAAAAGGAAAAAGAGCUCAUGGAACUCAGCAAGGCUGUAAAUGAGACCCGUUCUCGUAUGGAUCUAGCCCAGUCAGAACUUGACAUCUAUCUUAGUCGCCACAAAACUGCUUUAACACAGCUCAACACAGCCAAACAGACACUUCAGACAACUUCUGAGACGCUGCAGGAACGCUCUGCUGCCAUUAAAGACCUCCAGCUCACAAUACCCCAGAAGGAGCAGGAACUCAAGAAGGACCAGAUGGAGCUGGAGCAGCUCAUGAAGGUGGAUAAUGAGACCAGAGAAAUAGUAAGAGAACUGAGGCAGAAGGUGGAUGAAGCCAAGAGCUCCCUGUCCUCUAAUCGCAGUCGAGGAAAAGUUCUGGAUGCUUUAAUGCAGCUGAAGAAGAGUGGCAGAAUUCCUGGCAUCUAUGGAAGAUUGGGAGACCUUGGAGCCAUAGAUGAGAAGUACGAUGUAGCCAUUUCCUCUUGUUGUGGGGCUCUGGAUAACAUUGUAGUGGAUACCAUCGACACGGCUCAGAAGUGUGUGACUUUCCUUAAAGAACAAAAUAUCGGGGUCGCCACGUUCAUUGGCCUUGACAAGAUGAAGGUGUGGGAGAAGAACAUGGCUUCUAUUCGCACUCCAGAGGACAUCCCUCGCCUGUUUGACAUGGUGCGAGUGAACGAUGAGAGCGUGCGACCAGCCUUCUACUUUGCCCUGAGGGACACACUCGUAGCCAAAGACAUGGAGCAGGCCACGAGACUGGCCUUCCAGAAAGACAAGCGCUGGAGGGUGGUCACCCUGAAGGGACAGAUCAUUGAGAUCGCAGGAACCAUGACUGGAGGAGGGAGAGUGAUGAAGGGCAGAAUGGGUUCUUGUAUCAGUGCUGAGGUCUCCCAGGUGGAGCUUGAUCGUAUGGAGAGCAAGCUGAAUGAGAAAGUGUCGAGGCUGCAGAGCUGCCAGGAGAGAAAGCUGCAGCUCGAGGAGAACGUCCAGCGCCUGCAGCCACAGCUCAGAGAGAUGAAGAACACUCUGGAAAAAUACACCAACAGCAUGAGUAGUUUAGCUGACCAAGAGACUCACUUGAAACUCCAGAUUAAGGAGCUUGAAGCCAACGUGCUGGCUGCUGCCCCAGACAAGGCCAAACAGAAACAGAUGGAGAAGAGCCUGGAGGCGUUCAAAAAAGAUUACGAGUCAGCGUCUAGUAAGGCUAGGAAGGUGGAAACUGAGGUGAACAGACUCCACAACCUGAUUGUGGACAUCAACAGCCACAAACUGAAGGCUCAGCAAGACAAACUGGACAAGAUCAACAAGGAGCUGGACGACUGCUCCUCCAUUAUAACCAAGGCCAAAGUGGCCAUAAAGACAGCUGAUCGAAACUUGAAGAAGUGUGAGGAGGGUAUCGCUCGUGUUCAGGGUGAUCUGGAGAAGGGUGAGAAGCUGCUGGUCAAGCUCAAUGAACAGCUGAAAACACUGGAGGAGGAGGCUGGAGAGAUCAUCAAAGCCUGUCACGAGGCAGAGGCCUCUCUGCCUGACGUUCAGGAACAGUACCGUGCGUUGACCAAAGAAAUAAAUGCCCUGCAGCAGCAGGAACACGCCCUGCAGGAAGAGUCCCUCAACGUCCGCCUGUCCAUCGAGAAAAUUGACGCCUUCAUCUCCAAACAGAACAGCAAGAUCAAGCACUGGCAGGAUGAGGCUGCGAAGCUUUCCCUUCACACCAUCGAUGGCCAACCAGCAGAGGAGCUCCAGGUGUUAUCUGCUGCCGAGCUGGAAGGCACCUCUAAUCCAAACAUCAUCGCCAACAAGAUUAGCGCCUUAGAAGUCCAUUGUGGUCAGAUAAAGCCCAACCUGGGGGCCAUCGCAGAGUACAAGAAGAAGGAGGAGCUGUACCUGCAGCGUGUCGCUCAGCUGGAUGAGGUCACCACGGAGCGGGACAGGUUUAAACGAGCGUACGAGGAUCUGCGUAAACGGCGGCUCACAGAGUUCAUGACGGGCUUCAACAUCAUCACCAACAAGCUGAAGGAGAACUACCAGAUGCUGACGCUGGGCGGAGACGCCGAGCUGGAGCUGGUGGACAGUUUGGACCCCUUCUCUGAAGGCAUCAUGUUCAGUGUUCGUCCUCCAAAGAAAAGCUGGAAGAAGAUCUUUAACUUGUCUGGAGGAGAAAAGACCCUCAGCUCUCUGGCUCUGGUGUUCGCUCUGCACCAUUUUAAACCCACGCCGCUCUACUUCAUGGACGAGAUCGACGCCGCUCUGGACUUCAAGAACGUCUCCAUCGUGGCCAGUUACAUAUACGAACAAACGAAGAACGCUCAGUUCAUCAUCAUCUCCUUGAGGGACCACAUGUUCGAGAAGGCCGACCGUCUCAUUGGCAUCUACAAAACUCACAACACGACCAAGAACGUCGGCAUCAACCCCAAAUCCAUCGCCUUCAAAGAACUCCAGCUCAUCUCCACAUAAACCUGAAGACUGCUGGGAUUUUAAACCCUGUAAAU